UUCUGAAAGAUAAAUAUGGCGCUUAUGUUGUCGCUUCUUAGGACUGGAUUAAAUUGCUUUUAUCCAGCCUAGAAUUACAUGUAUUUAUAGAUUAGUUCCUUUUUAAGGACUUUAAUUAAUAUAAAUUUCCAAUUCUGGCUGCAGCUAUUAUAGUUUAAAAUUUUUUUUAAACCCUCCAAGUUAUAAAAUACAAGUUUUUCAAGCAAGUUGAUUAAUUAAACCUCGACAAGAAGCCUACAGUAUGUUUGGAAACAACAAACCAAGCUUUACCGGAUUUGGUACCGGGACAACCUCAUUUGGAAGCUUUGGCCAGUCAACAGCCUUUGGAGCAGGAGGGACCUCAGCUUUUGGGACACAAUCCCCUGGAAUGGGGGGCCUGUUUGGUGGUGCUGCAAGUGGAUCUACAGGAACAACUGGCUCUAAUCUGUUUGGGACCACCCCAGCCUCUAGCUUUGGCCAACCACAAAGCAGUAAUGCAUUCUCAUUUGGUAGCUCCACUGGUUCCAACACUACAGGCAGUUUGUUUGGCUCCACCAAUCCCACAGGCACUGGCACAAGUUCCCUCUUCUCUACACCAGCCACAGGAACGGCCUUUGGGACUAAACCAGCUGCUUUUGGGUUUGGCAGCACACCUGGCCAGGCAACCACAGGCAGUUUGUUUAGUAACACAGGAACCACACCCUCACUGUUUGGUCAGUCACCUGCAACAGGUGCCUUUGGUAGCACAGGAGGAGUAGGGGGUGUUGGGGGUACGACCAUAGCAUUCAACCCCCCUGCUGGCCAGGACACCAUGAUGAAAGGUGGAGUGACCACAAGCAUCAGCACCAGGCACCAGUGUAUCACAGCCAUGAAGGAGUAUGAGAACAAAAGUUUGGAGGAGCUGAGAUUUGAAGACUACAGCGCCAACCGUAGAGCCAAGCAAGCAGGCUCAACCAGUACAGGGGGGUUGUUCAGCUCAACCCAACCCGCCCAGUCCUCCGCUGGCAGUUUUGUUUUUGGUACAGGCCUACAGUCCACGUCCACAGGAUUUGGAGGGUUUGGCGGGACCAGCAGCGCAACACCAUCAACAUUCAGUAGACCUUUGUUUGGUACAGCGACCACCACCCAGUCAUCCGGCUUCAGUUUUGGUACCUCCACUGGUACCCAGCAGGCUACUUCCCUGUUUGGUAACACUGCUAGGCCCUUGUUUGGCGGUACAGGAACAGCCCAGCCCUCUCUCUCAACAGGAAGUUCUUUCUUUGGGGCCCCUGCGGCUGGCACAUCCACAAAUUCUAUAGGAUUUGGCACCAGCACUCAAAGUGGAGGCUUGUUUGGAACCAACAAGCCACCAGCCUUUGGGACAGCGACCACCUCAUCUAUAGGGUUUGGCACUGGGACUAGUUUGUUUGCUAAGCCUGCGUCCACUGCGUCUUCCUUUGGGUUUGGUACUAACACAAGCUCUACAGCCUUUGGUACUUCCACAGGCACCGGCCUCUUCAACAUGAAACCUGGGGGGUUCGGCACCACCACCACCGGGCUAGGCUCCACUGGCACCAGCUUUGGGUUUGGUACCACCCCCAGUACAGGCAUCAGCACAUUUGGAACUGCUGCAGCUAAGCCUGCAUUUGGGGGGUUCAACUUUGGCUCAACCACCACGGGAACACCAGCUUUUGGAAGCCCUCUGACUACAGGGCUGGGUGCAGGGACAUUUAACUUGAGUGGAACAGCACCUUUAGGCACCUCGGUGUCCGCUACAUCCCAGGCCCAAAACACUCAGCACCUUCUUGCGCUGGCAUCCUCACCUUAUGGAGACAACCCGUUGUUCUGGAACCUUAAACAGCAAAGCAAAGAGCGCAGAGAUGAUGCUCUGAAGCCCACAAACCCUAAUGCACAGAAAGCUGCUUUAUCCUCCAUCAACCAGUACAAAGUCAGCCCAAGGCCAGCAACCAAGAUUAAACCAAAAUCUUUACACAAUCUCAUAGCUGGUGGGAAGGCGCAGCUGUUUGAAGGAUUGGAGGACGAAGACUUCAGCUUUGGUGAGGACACUUUUGUGCCCAGGAAGAGUGUGAAGAAGCUGGUCUUAAAGAAAGGAAACAAGUCAGCCUCAGCCUCAAACUCUGUCUACAGUGAUGGGGACUUUAGUCAGCAGCUGAUGCACAGCAGCAAGGAGACAUCAACAGGCCUAAUCACAAGGCCACUGAGCAACUCCAACCAUGAUAACACGUUAGAUAAUGAAGCCGAGGGGAUCAUUCUUGGACAGAAUACAACUCCAAAAAAUAGGAUGGACAGACCAAAUGGCAGUUUUGAGGACACAAUGGCAGUCCUCAACCCAAGGAGCAGCUCCAUUAACCCCAUAGAGAACAGGCUGAGUGCAGCAGACACAACUUCCUUUCUUGACAACUCAGAUCUGGACAGCAGUUGUCUGCCUGUAGACAGAAGCACUCCCCACCCCACUGGGAUCUGCCUGACACGGCCUGGCUACUACACCAACCCUACCCUUGACGAGAUGACCCAGAUGAUAGAUGACAAUGGCGAUUGUUUUGUGCCAGAUUUCAGCAUUGGCAGGGAAGGGUACGGCAACGUCUACUUCCCUGGGGUGACCAACGUUGCUGGCCUCAACUUGGAUGAGAUAGUCCACUUCAGAAGGAAGGAGAUAGUUGUCUACCCUGAUGAUGACAAGAAGCCUCCGCUGGGUGAAGGUCUGAACAGAAAGGCUGAGAUCACGCUGGACUGUGUCUGGCCAGCUGAUAAAACUAGCCGCACUCCCAUUAAGAGCCCAAAGCGACUAAAAGAGCUGGAUUAUGUCUCCAAGCUGGAAGCUGUCACUGCCAAAAUUGGUGCCAAAUUUAUUGACUACAGGCCUGAGACAGGCUCCUGGGUGUUUCAGGUGAAUCACUUUUCCAAGUAUGGUUUACUGGAUGAUUCAGAUGAUGAUCUCAUUGACCAACAGUUGCUAGGACAACAAGCUAAAGAUCUUCUCUUAGUGCAGAAACUGAAAGUGCAGCAGGUAGAAAAACAAGAAGAGGCCAAGAAACUGAAACUUUCAGGUGUUAAAGGUGACACUCAGUUGCUAGAUGACCAGGACAUGUUGCCAGAUGACCUGUGUGAUGAUGACACCAGCUAUGACAUGCAGGACAGCCAAGAAGAUGGACUCAAGAAGUUCUCCAAAAACUUUGAGGACAUGGAAGAUACAGGCUUGGACUCAAAGUAUCUGGCAUCAAGCAUGGGAAUCAGUGUGAAAAACAUCCAGAGCAUGAAGGCCUCCUUCUUUUGUGAUGAGCUGUCAGAUUUUCCAGACCCACCCAGGAAGAGAGAGCAGCAGUUAAAGCGAGACUACGAUGAUGAACUGAUGGAGUUGAGAUCACCCUGGAAAAAAUCUGGCGACAAGCCUGGCUUGUUUGGGUCCUUCAAGCACCCUGCCACGUUGUCUCUGCCCCAGUCUCCAGCCUUCUCCGACAAAGAGAAAGAGGGUUAUGAGCCUGUCUCCUUUGGAAAGCCAGGUCAAUUUGAGAUGGGUACUGGUAAAGAAUUACUCCGCCCAAAGCCCCAAACAUUCCUGUACCCCCCCAUCAUGGAGCACAAGCUGAUCCCCAGUGGACUACAGCCACAGGACGCCCCGCCCCGUAUUGUGGGCACCCUGGUGCGCCACAACAUCCUGCACGUCAAGGACUCUCUGCUCUACAGGAACCAGCAGCCUCUGGUGGAUGCUGCCUGCUUCAAGGGGAGGUCAUUCAGAGUGGGCUGGGGGCCAUCUUUAACCAUUGUCCAUGCUGGGAGCUUGAUGGCUGCUACAGAUGAAGAAUCCAUGGAACCUUCUCUCUUGCCCUACGCUCACGGUCGUGCCAAAACACACUCCCAGCUUAAAAGCUGGACAGCGCACAUAGAAAAGAUCAAGGUCGUGGAUUAUCUGGAUGAGAGGGAUGCUAAAACACUGGUACAGCAGGAGGAGCUGCUGAAGAUUCAACUAGAACAUUCUCUAACAGACACAGAGGACGAGUGUCCAAUCUUUGUUCCACAACCUGGGGUCACAGCAUUACACAAACUGGCAGAUUUUGUCACAGCUGGCCUGUCUGACAUGAGUGCCCACCCAGAUGCCAAAGUUCAACAACACAUCCAGAUGGUGUUGAGCCUGUGUGUCGCCCUUUGGGGAGAGCUGCCGGAUGCUCAAGAUUUAGAGAAAGAAGACAUUUAUCGUGAACGCCAGCUGCGGAGGGAAGCUUUAUCCCAGUGGCUGUCUGAGACUGGGGCCAGUAAAGUGGCCACGGAGAUGGAAACACAUGCCAUUGGAGCUGAGGAUUGUUUACAGGCAAUAUUUUCUAAGCUGACUGUGAGGGAAAUAUCUGAGGCCUGUUUCCUGGCCCAAAGAAACAGGGACCACCGCCUGGCCUUACUGUUGGCCCAGGCCAUUGGCAGCACGGCCUCAAGACAGAUGCUCAUGAUGCAGCUUCAAAAAUGGGCCGAGUUGGAGGCCUCCCAGUUUAUCAGCAAAGUUCGCCAAAAGAUCUACUGUUUGUUGGCUGGCCAGCUGGUUUGGUACUCUAAAGACCAGGAAAUCAACACGUGUGAAAAGUUGGAUUGGAAGAGAUCUCUGGCAUUACAUCUGUGGUUCAAGUGCCCACCCAACUCAUCAGUACAGCAGGCAUUACGCCAGUACCAGCAGGGCUUUCAAGGAGACGAACACAGCCAGCCGUACUGCGCUGCACCACUACCCCCCUACCUGGAGGAGGAAAGCCAGGACAGUCUAGACAGCAGUGAGAAGAUUUUUGACACUGCCUACCAUUUGCUGUGUCUGUACGCUGACAGAACUUACGGGCUGGAAGAUUUGCUCUCACCUACGUCUUCAACAGUCUCACACCUAGACUACAGGCUCAGUUGGCAUCUCCUAGAGAUCCUUGAAGCCCUGCAGUACAAGCACCUGUCUACCCACCACACAGACAGCAUCCACGUCAACUACGCCUCACAGCUGGAGGCUCAAGGUCUCUGGCACUGGGCAGCUUUUGUCCUGCUCCACAUCAAGGACAGCUUCCACAGGUACAACGCCACGCUCAGCCUGCUCCAGCGCCACCUGCAGGUGGGGGAGGUGCUGACCAACCAGGAAACUUUUCUGGUGGAGAAACUCAACAUACCAGUCAAGUGGCUGCACCAGGCUAAGGCCAUCCGAGCAAGACAAGAAGGCAACCACGAGGCAGAGGCUCAGCAUUGGCUACUGGCUGGUCACUACAACCUAGGCCACUCAGUGGUCAUCAGACAUAUAGCAGCUGAUGCCAUCAUUAAUGACGAUGAUGAGCACCUGAAGCUGUUCCUGGACGUGAUGGCUCCAUCAGGCAGGUGUAGUGGCAUCCUGAACUGGGCCAACAACGGAAAAGUUUUCCUGGACUUCAUCAAGCUACGCAAACGUAUAGAAGAACUCAAGCAGUCCCAGCCCACUCCAUACGACCUGGAGGAACUACAGCCUGACGUCAUGUCCUUGUGUACUCGCGUCAAAAUGCUGACCUGCCACAACUCAAAAGACAGGCUCUGUCAGGCAGAAAUGGCAAAAACUUCUGCCCAUUUGUUGAGGGCAUAUUUGGCUCUACGUGGAGAAUCACCUGUCAGAUUACUAAGCCAAUUUAUUUCUGAGUUACCUAUGCCUGAAGAUUACACACUCCAAGAACUGCAAGCUUUAACAAGAGCACACCUACUAGAAACAUUGGGUUGAUGACAAGAAAUAAAAACAUUAAAAUCAGUGGCCGUUACAAUCUCAUUUCAAUCGCAUUCAUGCUUUUACUUUUAUGAUUUAUUUUUGACCAUAUUGUGUUGAUGUGUGAAUCAUGUGAAGGAUGAGGAUAUAUGUAUUUACAGGUGUACAUUUGUUAGGUUUUUCAAGAUUGGCAGUGUUGUUGUGUGGUUGAUAUUCAAUGCCCUUUUUAUGUUUUUUAAUAAGAUUUUUAUGUCUAAUGUUAAUGCAGGUUUAUGUACAAAAAUAAUUAAAGUGUUAAUUCAUUAUCAC